AUGUUUCGCCAACUAUUACUCCUGAUCAUUGUCCAGGGCGUGUUUGGAAAAUGUAAAAAUAUUUUAAGCCAUGUAGCAUGGCCAUAUAACGACUUGCAAUUAUAUUUUAAAAUUUAAAUAUAUAUGAUGAUUGUAGUGUUUGUUUAUGUGGAACGGAAUUGCAAAUUCCUCAUUUAUGUCGGCUUAUCCAUGAAUUUCCUAUCUUAGUGAUAAAAACCAAACUGGAAUUCAAACAGGACAGCGACUACGUCUACACAAAAAUGCUCUAUGGGGACGUUGAGGUAAUAAGCGUUAACUGGACGAUUUCAUGAAAAACUGUUAUGUUUGAAUUAACCGUCUUCCUUUGCAGUAUGUGACCGUCGAUGACGUGAAUAUUUCGAGGCCGGAAAAUGGUUCAAACUGUGUUGCACCCAAUGACUGUUGGCAAAUUGUUCAACGUAAGCUGUGGUUUCCGUGCUAUUCAAUUAAGCAUGUCAUAAAAUGCGUCCGCUUGCCCCAUUUGAAUAGACGAAACAGCAUGCCUGACAGACCGAAGGACGCAUUUUACAGAGUCAAACCUUCACUUAAACGGACCAGCAGCACUGACUUAUAUGCCACCUCGCCCUGAACAUGACAUGGGCGAAGGAAACGCCCGCAAUACGGGUGGCUGUAGGCCAACGUCCAAUAAACUUAGCGUUAGACUAAAUUAUUGAGUUGGGGUUGUGUUAGGGAUAAUGUUUAAGUGCAAAUGUAGAGUUAACAGAAAAGUAAGUCUUGAUAAGGACUAGAGCUAAGACAGUUGCUGGUCUUAAGUAUGGAUUUUUGGUUUAGGCUGGAGUUAGUGCUGUUUAGUUUAUCGUUAGAUUGAGGACAACGGAAUAUUUGGUCUUUUGCGAAAUAACGCGCAGUCCUGCAUUUAUUACUUCGCCGGGGUGCAUCUAUUCUCACGUUCUGCUUACGUGGCUACAUAAGUCAAUCCCACCAAUAAGCUUCCUUAUUAUCCGGUUAUCAAAAAUUGUGAUUCUGUAAAUUUUCGAAGAAAUUCGUGUCGGGGAAUUUGGAUUUCGCCGUCAAGUAAAUGUGAUUGAUUUGAAUAUGCUCCAAAACCUCGCUGGAAUUACAAAGUAACGCAAAUUAAUCGGAAUAAUUGUGCUCGAGGAUCCUUUAUAUAUCAAAUAACUAUGAGAGCCUGUUUAAAAUAUGGACCAAGUUGCUUCUUUGAUCUACUUCCGACGAUGACCUGCAGAGCCAUUUUUGAAACUAUGAAGUAGAGCGCUUUUAUCAAAGGCUUCAUGCGGCAACAGAGUAUAUAUCAUGGGAUGUAAUUUUUUGAGUCCGGGUUAGACCAUUGGAGCUGUACUCAAAAGAGCUUGUGUUCGGAUUUCAAGUGCCUCCAAAUCUGGGAUUGGUCAAGGCUGACAGGCGAAGUCCACUAAGUCAGAAUUCAUGAGUAUUCACUCUCCGCAUAAAACACUAAUCUCAGCGCGACAGUAGACACAGUAAUGUGAUCAGUGAACACCCAUUCAUCAUAAAUGUGUAUGCAGAAAUUCGAUAUAAAUAAGUUCCCCUAAUAUCCACCUUCAUAAAUUGCAAUCAUUUUUUUUUCUUUGCAAGCCGAUGAAUACGUAAUUGCCAACGACUACCUGAAGGGAACGCAUGUUGCAUUCACGGUUGAGCCAAAGGAUUUCCCCAAAAGAAGCAGAGUUGUAAUUCAGUAUUAUAAAAAGGGCACGCAACCUAGUAAGUCAAGACAAUUAUUCUUCUUACGCUGCCUGAUAAUACGCAAUUCACUUUCCUUUUUCCAGUGGCUAUGUAGUCCGUGCAUUCAUUUGAGUUCUAAAACUAUGCAGGCUGCCCAGUUGACGGAAAACCCGCUUCGACGAGCAGCGUGCAUAUUGCAAUUUCAGUUUAAAUCACAUACCAAGAAAUCAUAUUUCUUGUCUUCGGAUAAAAGUAGUGUCCUUUCUGAGAUUUGAUGGGCUUUCUGACUUAUUGCUUAACUAAACUACAUGUUGUAUCUUCUCUUCUAGAUGUGGUGUCCAGUACUGAAUCCGUUUCCGUCUUUACAAAAGAAGUCCUCGAAAAAGAAAAAAAUGUUCACAUUCUGCUCUUCAGUGGGGGCAUUCGGGUAAAUAUUAUAAUAUUGAAAACAUAUCAGCAUACAUGCAUUGCAAGAAGGAUGCUUUCGAUUGUCAUUAAUACUUAGACAUAAUGUUUGGAUGUGAAAUAUAUUGGCAGUUGCUUGCAUUUUUAGCAGAUCCCGCAUAAAGUUGUCAAAUGUGUUGAAUAAGACACGAGUGGUAAUUGCCAUUCUGCGUUUCAUUAUUUUAUCGCUCAGGAUAACAGCCUCAUAGUUCAGACAUCGGUCUAGAUUAAACAAUGAAAAGGGCAUCAGUUUACUUAAAUUCGACAUUAAUUUGUCGACGAGUCGGUAGCACAUUUGCCCCACAUAAAUUAACAUGGACCAUACGUGCAAGCAGCGGCGUUCUCAAAUAAUGACGUCUGCAAAUGUCGCUUAGUGCUUAGCUGAUGUAAUCCACAUUUAGUCUACAUGCCUCCGUCUUAGCAAAAGAACAUUGUAUAUAUGGAAAAGGCGAUUUUGCAAAACCACUCUGUUGAUUACUUUUCAGAAUGUAAGCUUCUUGGAAAAUAUGUCGCCAGAGAAACAAGAUUUCCGUAUGAUAUCUCCGUUUGGGAACACAGGUAGGUGUUAGUUUACAUCAUUGUGCUAGUUUUUACAGGAUAUCUUAACCGUAUCUAUUUUCCGUUCAGCAGUGCGCACCAUUCCAGUUGUACUCUUUACUGGGCAUUUGGAGACGAAGCCUCGACUACUGAAAAUUAAGUUUACGACCGGCAGAGAGGACCAGAUUACAAUUACUCCCUCCAAUAAAGCCGAGGCGACGGUGCCAAUGCUGACGUUCAUCGACUAUGUCAAUGCCUUCAGGUUGAAGUAGAAGAGCCCUCAGGUGGUGCAUGCAAUUUUGGUCGUGGUUUUGGGUCAAAGUGUGGUUCUUGGAAGUAUGUAAUUUCUAAUACAUGGUGUCUGCUUUUGACUUCGAGUAUUCUACCUUGUUUGACAAAUGUGCCCCUAAGGUAUUUUAGAUACCUAAAUCCUGUUCAUGUCCACCUUAAAUGGAACACGGACACGAAUGCUUAUGUGAAUACACACUACCCUAGAGAGAGGCGAGGUCGUUUAACAGGGAGGCAUGAAAGUCACCAGAUGGAAGUGGUUUCUUUUGUUCAGAAACUUCGCUGCUCUCUUACUGCGAAAUGCGCGCCAUCUAAGUCAGCAAGGAGUGCGCCUGGUUGUGUUAGGAUACUACAGCGUGUUUUCUGUCGAUGUGCGCACACGUUUAAAGUCACAGGGCGUAGAUGUGUGUACCCUUUUGUGUGUGCUGACACUUUAGGUGGUCGACAGACACAACUUCGUGGGAACGCGCUUCUCAGGUCAGAAAGCCGGAGACUCGCGUGGCAAAUUAGUUCCCCAAGAAGCUCGCGACCCACGCGAUUGUCACCUCUAGUGAGAACGACAACCUCGUCGAAUCUGAGUUGUCUUCCCCUAUCUCCUCUAAUUAAUAGGACUGCUGCCGUAUGUCCACCCUUUUCGCGUUUUCCCGACACACUUUUCUUUUCUGUAAUCAUACCAGGUCGUUUUAACAACUCCAGGCGUAUCUUGCCAUGACAGUGGAUUUCCUAGCCUCACUAUUUGACACCAGAUGGUUCCUUCCGAUUUGAAUACAACUCCAAACUCAAGUGAGAUGAGAAGGAGUUGGACGGCUUCUAAAAUAUCCUUAAUACACGGAGGUUACCAAUAAGAAGCUAAAUGAAAAGCAGAUGAACAUUCGACUGCGAUAAAAGCGUAAUACGUACGAAACAGCCCCAGACCAAUCAAUCGUCCUAAAACAAAAAGAGGCACGAUGGCCGUUGCAAUCGUCAACCAUAAUGGUUUGCGAAUGAGGUUCCGGGUCCUUCAUGGCCACUUCUCUUACUGACAUAUAGCAUGAUGCUAGCAAAUCUGGGUCGUUCUGCAAUUUUCAAAACAAUUAUCCACGUGGAUUAUAAUGUUAAUAUCCUGGUGUGUUAGAACAUAAGAGGCAUGUGAUUUGACUAUUUUUGUUAAUUGCAACUUCCAAGUACUGUGCUCGGCACAAUUUACGAUUCUCCAUUGGAAAGGAGGUUUUCCUGCGAUUUGUAUUGAUAUGUGCUGUGGAAUGUGGAAUUAUUUUUUCUUACCCGUAAUAUGUGUGCAUUAGGCGGCAUACCUUGCUGCUUAAUAUUAAAUGGCUCGCAUAAGCUGCGGGUCUAAAUGACUUCGUUCAGUUGCGCGCAAGGAAUGAAAUACAGUCGACGGUAGUACGAGACAACGUCGCUUGUCUCCUCUUCUGGAGGCUCCCUGUUGCAGUGGUUGCAUAAAUUGAAGGAGCUGCUAAACGCGAACUUGUCAGAGAUUUCCGGCAGAAUAAACUCUUGGUGCUACUGCUUGUCUUUGCUUGUCCGGUAAGUGUAUACAGCCAUCGGAUGUAGACACAUUGCAUAUUGACAUGGAGAUUUGGACUACUUUAAAAAAAACUUCGUUAACGCCACUACAUGACUACCGUCAAAACUCUAUGCCAAAAGGUUUUACGUAUCGCAUGUCAAGUUUAUUAGCUUGAUGCUUGAAGUUGUGUUGUAAAACUAAUCAUGGUGCAGCAAAAAUCUCUAAUAAUCCAGUCACCUCAGAGUGUCGGCUUUCGAAGGUACUUAUUUUCAGCUGUAUGCAAAAUGUAUACUCUGCAAAAAAAUGACUAUUUAUGUAGUACGCAAUUUUCGCAUUGAUUUUCGAUGGCCUUGAAAAUUCAAUUAUAUUUCAGGGGAAAUAUACAUAAAAAUAGUCAUUGGUUUACUUUUGCGGUAGAAAAUCACGUCUUCUUCUUCUAAUUUUAUUUUAAAAAAGUUUCUAAUUGUGAGAUUUUUUAAUACCGUUAAAUGGCCGUUCAUAAAACGUCAUAUAUCUGCAUUGACGAAUGUGGCUCGUAUGUUUUCGACGAUUCUAAACAAACCCUAACCUUACGCAUGGAAGGAAUCGACGUUUAAAAAUAAUUGCCAAACAUUCGCAACCUGACACCAAUGUGUGCACUUAGUAUUUAUGUUUUUCAAGCACCUCUUUAAAAUAAUUUAAGAUGUCAGUGAAAGAUAAAAAGCAAUAUCACGUUGUUUAGAAAUUCUAAUAUUUGGAAAGGUGCAAAAACCCGAAGACGCCAAAAAUGGUUAGAAUUUAGUUAUCUUUGUUUAUGGAUGUACAGAAUGUCUUUUCAUGCAACAUUGUGAGUAAAUAUGAAAAACCAAACAAAAGGACAGUUUUGAUUAAUGUAUUAGUGGGAUUUACAGUUGAAUGUCCUUUAAGAAUUAGUGUAUGGCGGUUUGCCAAUAGCCGUCAUUCUGAGUAUGGAUUAGAAAACAGUUUUCCGAGAAUUUGCGUAGUACUCUACGCAUUUUAAUUGCUCAAGCUGUGGUUCAAUAAGAGCAACAAGAUUUGCCCUAAAAUCACGAAACCAAGCGUCAUAUAAGGCCACAUUCUGUCUAUCCGAUCGGUGCCAAUUAAUGUUAAAUACAAUUGACAGAUGCAAUUGUAGACGUGCCACAUCAAGCUUAUAAAUUUAUAAAGUUUUGCAUAAAUUUAGACUCCGUUCUAUGAUUCUGAAUGCACGGCAUAGUGGUUCUAUAAAAACUGUUAUUUUGCUAGAACUUGUAGAAAGUCAUUCGUGAUGUUUCUGAAUUAUGUGUUUGGAGAAGCACGACUGCACAAAAAGUAAUGCUUUACGUGUCCGAAACUGAAAAUGACUAUUCGGCGAUGGCCAUUCCUGCGGUAUCAAUUAGAAUUUUCCAAACGGACUAAAAGACAAAUUAAGUCCGUUUAAACGAGUGAUCAUUUGUUUGCGUUAUUACUGAACUUCAACGCACCAAAUCGCACAGAUCUGCUAACGUAACUUCUAAAAUUCGAUUAAACAUCCGCCUCUCCAAAAGUAGCCGUUAGAUUUGAAAGUAGAUUCCUACGAUUAGCAUUAAAGAAAAAAAUGAAAUCUUAAGCACUGCAAUCUCUUUCAAUUUUAACUAUCGAGUACAAAUUACUCUUCCUCAAAGAAACAUUUUUCAGGUGCGCAAUGGAAGUCCACAACCGGUAUUAACAUAGGAGAUUGCCAAGUGCAUUGUGACGUCAGUUUUCGCCCAAAUUUAUAAAUAUUUUCCUUGAAAGAUUUACGUGGAUACAGUUUCCACGCAAGAAGCGAACACUGCCUUAAAUGGGGCUGGAUGGGCAAGCAAAAUAUGCAAGGUUAAGAAAAUUAUUGCAACAGUUCUCGUCAUCAUAUUUCAUGAGAUAGGUCACAUGCUGUCUAUAUCUGACAAGGAUUAGAAGGUCAGGUCAUGGAACGUGUUCGUAACUUCGGGUCUGAGGCCACUCUUCCUUCAACAUAGGCAGUUGGAUCGCCGAACUUAUAAGACAGUCUGUCUGACAAAGUCAAAAACAUGUAUAAGUGGCGAUGCGAAUCGUUCAUGCCUUUGUCUAUGCUUCCACUCUGCAAACAUACGAGUUUUGCUCAUAUUCAUCUCAUAAAGGUUUGCUUCGCAAAUAUGCACGUUCCGGGCACAGUCAUCUAUGGCGCACUACGUCCGCUCUAAAGAGUGAAUGAUUUUUAGAAGUAAUAACUGGGAAACCAACAAAUCCUUGAGAAACUUUCGGUUACUUCCCUGUCUAAUUUGCAACUGAAAUGCUCCUUCUUCAGCCAAAAGAUACGUGGUCGCUACCGGUCAGCUGCAAGGAACAAAGGCGACAUUCACGGUAAAACCUGUUGAUCCCACCACCCGAUGUCCGAAAACAGUCCAGUAAAAGUGAUUUGGCUCUCCAGAUGGUAAGUAAGCAUUCACCAUCCACAUUUAACACUUAGUUAAACACAAUCUUAUUCAACAAAAAGCAUGCCUUCCAGGCUUCGGCCAUUUUGCAAAUGACAAACGUGUUAAUGAGGAAUUUCAUGACAAAUGGUUCGACGAAUUAUUCAUGGCUUUCUAGGGGCAAGUAAUACUUUCCUGCAGUUCAGGCGGUGAAGUCCAAUAUACUGGACCUAUUAACAGGCGGGUGUCAUUUGAGGCUCUACAAAAUUUCCGCGACUCUAGCAAAAGAACAAUGCAAGGCGGUAUUGCGGGGCGGGGUGGCAGAAUAAGCGUAGUAUUCAGCUGAAAAUGCGAAAUCUGUCGUGCUAGGGGGAUUAUUCGCUUGUUCUGAGCGGGAUGGUCGCGAGGUCGUUUACUCGGAAAUUUGUCAUUGGCUACGAGAGGACGCAGGCCUAUCUGUAACUCGCCGAAGCAUAACAAUUUCUUUGGCGGUGGCACGGUGCUGAAUAUGUGAAAGCUCCGAGGGGGGGUGGUCGCGGCUUUCGCAUUAGAACCACCCCCUCGUUUGAAUUUCUGGUGUCUCAAACGUUGAUGUAUACAAUCAUGCGGGUACCUACUUUAGGACGAUAUUUUAUAGAGCUAUUUCGUUUCUGCUCAACAAGUUGUUUUCUAUGACCAGAAAGUUUUGUCUCAAUUCAGACGGUUGUAGGCGGGGUGCUUGUUCCUAAAAUUAUAGACGACCUCAUAAUAUUCCUAUUUGCGAUGAACCGCUGUUCUAAUUAACUCAUCAGUUUUCCACGCCCAAUGACAUGAAAAUAUGGGGGUUUUACUUACAACCACCAUUCGAAAAACAAUUUGGUGAUAUGGAGCAGAUUAAAUUUGUUUUCUUAAAGUUAACAAACAGGUUAUCUACAAUGCGUAUCCGAAGAUAGGAAAAUAUUGUGAGAAGAGGCAUUGUGCCUUACUUCUGCAUUACAACCUCCGCCAGGAGAAUCGUUACAUAACUGAUUACUUUUCACGAACGUACUGCGGCUUAUAAUGCUACUUAACUGAUUACUUUUCAUGAACGUACUAUCUUCCACACGCUCGUUCUAUGAGGUAUGACAAUCUCCAUACAUGGCUGAAAUGCACUGAGCGAGGCCCAGUCAAAUGGUCCAUCCGACCAAAAUGCCAAAUGCGUGUCGCUGCAGGGAGGAUAUUUCGCAUUUCGGUGUGAGCUUUUGCCUUUGAGCAGUCAUAUUAAAGUGUGCCAUCGUAGGUGAGGAUAACUAGUAUUCACUUCUUACAUGAACCGUGUGAGCACAACGUCAUUACGUGCCUAAUAAGUAAAGGGAGUACCUUGCAGAUGUGGACUGAAAUUACGUGUUUGUAAGGGGUCAACUUAAAUGGGUUUCAUACUAAGUCAUUUCGAGUCUAAUUUAAUUGCUUUGACAGGUGGUUUGCCCACACAGUGUGUAGGUUUCUGGCUAAGAGGCUGGAUAUAGCCCUUCAAAUCCAUCCAACGCCGCCGAAUACAUGAAUAUAGAGGCUGUCAAUAUAUAAGCUUUUAAGACAACGCUGGGGUACACUGAGUUAUUACUUAGCCAAAAAGCUCAAGCAACGGCAAAUCAAUUCGCAAGAUUCCACAUGAGAUAUCUACGCCUUUUAAGAGCUUUGAAAAGUGCGGGCUUUUGAAUUUGAGCCGCCAUUUUUGUAGCCCUCCAUUCACGUGUGAAUUUUUACUAAUUGUACCUGACUGUGCCUAUUUGUCUUCGACAUAUUGAACUGUUUUGCACCCUUUGUUUGGCUAAGCCUAGAGCAGGAGGUCGUCUCUACAGUACACUAGCACCCUUUUGAAUGGAAUUAAAUUGUCAUUUUCACUUACGAUUGACAAUGAUGCGACCUGUUGUACUUUACGGCCAAUAUGUCGUAUUUGCGAUCGUUCUUUGCUGAAUUCUUCAAAUAUUAGUCGGAAAUACGUCAGCCAAAUCACUAAUUGUCAAUUCCUGCCUUGUCGACAAACUUUCGUCCUAUUUUCAACAAAGCCCAUGAUUUGGAUCUACUUUUGUCGAAAAAAAACACAGCAGAACUGAAGUGGUCUGCCGUCAAGAGACGUGGCUAAAUAGUGACAUUAAUUCGCAGCUUAUUAUUCCCCCAUCCUACUACGGCUUUCGAGCAGAUAGAAAAUCUUUAGCUUGUGGCAGAGGAGGAAGCGUUGACAUUUUCGUUUAUCUAACGAUUUGAUAGAUGUCAUCGAUGUUUCAUAAAAUCCCCGUUUGUUAAGUAAUUUAAAAGGCUACAUAUUUGUUAGUACUUAUAUUCCUCCCUCUUCCCGUGAAGGCGCAUUAACCCGGUUUUCGACUUUCUCUCAUAAAAUCUUGCCUUGCUAUCAGGCGACUAUCUUAUUCUCUUAUGCGGUGAUGUUAAUCGCGGGAGUUUACGUCCCCUUACGUGCCCUAACACUUUUAGGCUUCGAUGAUAUUGUCUCCUUUAAUACUCGCGCAGAUACCCCUCUUGAUCAUAUUCUGACUAACCACAGCAAGCUUUUUGCCUAGGAAAUAGGGCUAAAUUGUCAGGUCCUGACCAUUCCACUUUAUUGUGUCUUCAAAAAAUCUAUUCCAUUUCAAAAUGUGCACUGCUUGCCAAGCCUGAGAGAAAGGUUAAGGUUCGCAACACGUCCGCCCAAAACAUUAUCCUGCUUCAGACUUGCAUUUCUCUUACUAUCACCACUUUCCUUGAACAAUCGAAUGUCGAAUCCUGUUCUUCCAACCUGACAGCGUUUUAAAUAAAAUUUUCGAUAUUUGCUGCCCUCCUGAUACUGUGUUGUUACGACCGGCUAGCAUUUCUUCCCCCUGUCUGAAAUCGUUAAGACGAAAAAAAGAACUCCUAUACAAGCUAGGCUUACGCGAUAGCCUUAAGGACGUUACCUUCUUAAAAAAAACAAAGAUUGACAGACUAAAUAGCCUGUUUGUCAGUCAACGUUCUUCCUCUUCUUCCUCCCCCCCCUAACCCCCUUCCUCUGCUGAGAUUUGGAAAAAUCUUAAGCGUCUCAUUGGCCAUUGCAACACGCUGGUGCAUGUGGAUGCAGAUUUAGACUCCCUAAAUAAAAAUUUUAUAUUUAGUCAAAAUGACACCUAUCUUCCCUGAGAUGACAUUCCCCUAUCACCGAGUACAUUACAACCCCUGCCUUUGGCAACAGUAGAGAAACACCUUAAAAAAGUCCGUGGAUGAACAGCUGCCGGACCGGAUGGUGUCUCGCCUUUUCUUCUUAAAUCUUGCAGUUAUCAGAUAGCGCCCAUUUUGACGCACCUAAUCCAUAUGUCUUUCAUGGAAUCCAAGAUUCCCGACGCCUGGCGUACAGUGAGAAUCACUUCCAUCCCUAAAAAGCCCGCUAACUUUGGUCCUAAAUCUUUUCGUCCAAUUGCCUGCUCCUCUGCAAUACUAAAGCUUGCAGACAAAGUUGCCCAAGAUAUCAUAAAUCCUUUUUCCUCCAGGUUUCCGACCCUUUACAAUUUGCAUACAACGCCAAACCAUGGUCUAGCGUGUUCGGAGGAAAAUGGUCUCCUAAUUAACAAUCAAAAUCCGUUCAGUGUAUUUUUCGACUGCGGCCCCUUUCCUUACCCUGAUUCCUCUGACAUUCGUCCUAACGAAGUAUACUCUUUCAGGUACCUCGGCAUUACUUUGUCCUUAAAUCUUUCAUUUUCACUCCAUAUUGAGUCCCUAUUAAUUAAAGUUCUUAAACGUCUUUACUACAUACGUCGUUUACGUUCCUACCACACACCUCAACCCUUAGUCUCCCGAUUCACUGAUGCCUGCAUUCUUUCUCUUAUCCUAUACUGCUCUCCUGUCUUUUUUCUUGCCUUGCUAAAUAAGGGUCUUUUAAUUUUGAAAUGAGUCCUCCGUAUGCUCUCUUCUGCUGCUGGUAUUUCUUAUCUUUUUUUAGUUGACACUAUUUUUCAAAAACACUUAAAUGCGGUCGAGCAAUUUGCUGUUCGACUUCUAGAUGACGUUGCCCAUCCCUUACGUUCCGAUCUUAUGUCUGCGAAGUCUUCCCGCCAGAUGCGCCGCGCUAUCUUACGUGCGAAGAGACAGAAAUACAGAAGCUACGACUUGAAAUAUAUCCUUCAUAAUCGUUUUUGUGUUAAACUUUGACUCUUGAAUACUCUAUCAACUUAUUCUCUGCCCCUAGUGAAUGUUAAAAAUGUUACCCAUUUGCAGACAUUCCUGUGUUAUUUGAGAGCCAUGUCCACUGUACGAUGUCGCGCGAGCAGUAACUAAGUGCCAGCCGCGCUCCCACGAUUACGUGGGUUUAAACUCACCUGUGGUUUGAUCGCAUAUGACGUGCCGAUUCAUAUCUAUGGCAACGGGGAUAGAAUUUUUAGGUAACAUGUCAGAAUAUAUUUUUUUCAAAUCGGAGGUAACUGAAAAGUCAUAUAUUAGCACGUUUGCAGACUACGCUGGAAUAAGCAUUGAAUUUAAAACUUACGGCGAAUUAAUUGCCAACAGUCAUUUGACACAUCACAUCACAUCAUAGGAGAUCCCAAAACGUCUCAAACGACGGAGAAUAAAUGACGCUCUAGCCUGUUUCCUAUGUAAACCCAGUGAGCAAAUCAUCGUGGCCAUUGGAAGCCCAAAACAUCCGCUUUACACAAGUUAAUGCAGUAAGCCUUCAUUGGCGACAGAAAUAUAUCAUCGUAUUUGAAACCGCCUUGGUUCCACUCCGGGCAGUCUAGUUGGUCGGCCAGUCACGGAUGUCUUAACCGGCCAAUCAUCUUUCAAGUUGCUGUACAGCAUCCCCACCUGUCACUCGAGCUAUCGCCCUUGAGGUGCUGGAUGUGUACUGACGUAGAGCUACCAACCGAAUCCUAAUUAUUUUCCAAUCGUACUGUACAGAAUACAGUAUCCUCUCAACUGACGUCCGAAAUCUCCUAUUCCUAUGCGGAAGGGGGCUUGAUGGUAGUAGUGGCUUGGAUCAUCAUAUCGCAUAAACUAUUGCGUCCAGACUGAGUACUAAAUUAUGAGUGUACUGCUCGACGUUUGUCAUGUAUAGACUAAAGGCAAAAGGAGUUGUCUUUAUUGGUUGAUGCAUGGUCACCGGAUGCUGGAAGCCAACUAAAAGUCUGCCCAUGAAAGCCACCCAUAAGGGACCUACGAACAGAUUUAAAAAAAUCCGAUUUUGAACGUCACAGUAAAAUCAUUCUUCUCAGAUGUCCAUAACGACAGCCGAUUUUGAGAUGACUGUGAAGUCUAUGCAAGGCCAUUUAUGCCAAUGAAGUAGAGAAUGUAGAAAAUGUAUACUGGCAAGCAGAAGGUGAAGGCGUUUAUCAGGGGCGGUUUCGUCGAACAUCGCAUUCGACUAGAGUCAGCCACAACUGACCGCAGUCCAAAUAUAAGGAUAAGUAGGUUACGUAUACUAUUUAGGGGCAUGUAAGAGGCAUCUUGUCGCGAAAAUGCAAUCUCAUCAAAUUGUAUGAGAUUUCGUAAUUCAGUAACUAGGUUUAUUGAACUUUUCAAUAUUUGACAAACUCGACGCUGCACAGCACGGACAAAGGAAUUUGUUUGCGUGAAAAGGGUUGGUUCCUAACGGGGUAUCCUAUUUCAGGUACCUUGACAUUACUUUGUCCUUAGAUCUUUCAUUUUCCCAAAAUAUUAUGUCCCUAUUUGCCAAAGUCCGCAAACGUCUUCGUUACAUUCGUUGUUUACUUUCCUACUACACACCUCAAUCCUUAGUCUGGCGAUUCAUCAAUGCCUGCAUUCUUACUCUUAUCCUACGCUGCUAUCCUGUCACUUUUCCUGCUUUUUUGAAGAAGAUGUGCCAAUUUUUCGACGAGUCCCCCGAAAGCUCUCUUUUGCCGCUGGUUUUUCUUAUCUGUAUUUAGUGAAUAUUAUCGUACAACAACAUAUCCAAUCGGCCAAGCAAUUUGUUGGUCGAAUUAUAAAUGCCCUUGUCCAAUCCCUGCAUUCUGAUCUUAUUUAUGCAAAGCCUUCCCGCCGCGCCGCGGCUUCCGAAUUAUCUCAGGUUGCACAUCUGCAUAUUGAGAUUCUGUAUUACCGUUCCUGGCACACUAUCUUACGCGUAAAGAGAUAGAAAUGCAGAAGUUAAGACUUGAAAUGUCCCUUUAAUAAUCGUUCCUUUUAUAUUAGUCCUGUUCACUCAUGAAUAAUUUAUUAAGCUAUUUACUGAUCACACUGAAUUAAGCCCAUUUGUACUGAAAAUAUUGAGCGAGGAGGGAAGACAGAGAAUGCGGGUAGAUUGAUACAGCGCUGUUUCGGGCUUAUUCUGCCUUCAUUCAGCCAAUCACAACCCUGACCACCAGCAGCUGGGACCAGGAACACAAACAUGCGCACAGACGCACCUGGCGCAGUCGGUUCACCACUGAGGCCUACCAGAUGGGUCAUAAGCACUUCAUCGAACCGAAGUUCAUCAGUGCCUCGCCACCUGUCAUUCUCUGUCGCUGCAGAUCGGGUAUUUAUCAAUCAGGAAUGGGCGCACACCGAUCUAUUGGCUUCACAAAGCAAACAAGCUCCGUAUGUGUGGCAAAGGUCACGAACAGGCAACCAAUUACCAGGCCGAAGUCGACCAAGUCAUAAUAGCAGCGAGGAGGGACGACAGAGAAUGCGGGUAGAUUGAUACAGCACUGAUAAAAAACAUGAAAUCUUUGCUUUAUGACAGCAUGUAUGUAUCUUCGGCAAUCUUGGAAAUGUUUGGACCGUUUACAGAUAAAUACGAUAAGUAGAACGUAUUUCUUGACCCACGUAUAUAGGAAGAGCACUAAACCCAUCAGCAGAACGAUUAAUAACUCAACAUAUCCGUAAAGCUCAUGCCCGACGCAAAAUCGUUGUCAAGUCAAAAUUCCAGUUCUUUUGCAUAGCCCCAUAUCAUAUAAAACGAUGCUUGAGGAUUGCUGCCUGGGAGUUUGCAAUAAUGUUGAUAUCAAUAUAUAUAUAUAUAUAUGUGUGUUUCUUAUCUAGCUCCGGAUAAAGGCAAUUCACUGUCAACAUUUAGGGGUCAGUUGAACGGAAUCUUAUUCAACAAAUAGCGGGCCUUCUAGGCCCCGGUCAUUUUGCAAAAGACAAACAUGUUAGUGAGAAAUUUCAUGACAACUGGUUCGACGAGUGAUUUAUGACUUUCUAGGGGCAAGUUAUACUUUCCUACUUUUCAGACGGUGAAGUCCAAUAUACUGGAAUUAUUAAAUGGCGGCUGUCAUUUUAGGCUUUACACAAUUUCCGAGACUGUAGAAAAAAGAACAAUGCAAGGCGGUGUUGCGGGGCGGGUGGCGGAAUAAGCGUAGUAUUCUGCUGAAAAUGCUAAAUCGGUCGGGCUGGAUGAUUAUUAAGUAGCUUCGAGGGGGAUAGUUGCGAGGUCGUUUACUCGGAAAUUUGUCAUUGGCUACGAGAGGUCGGCAGGCGUAUCUGUGUCUCGGCGAAGCAAAACGACUUCUUUGGCAGUAGCACGGUGCUGAAAAUCCCAAAGCUCAGAGGGGCGGGUGUGGUCGCGGCUUUCGCAUUAGAACCACCACCUCGUUUGAAUUUCUGGUGUCUCAAACGUUGAUGUAUACAAUCAUGCGGGUACCUACUUUAGGACGAUAUUUUGUAGAGGUAUUUCUUUUCUGCUCAACAAUUUGUUUUCUAUGACCAGUAAGUUUUGGCUCAAUUCAGACGGUUGUCGGCGGGGUGGUUGUUCCUAAAAUUUUAGACGACCUCAAAAUAUUCCUUUUUGCGAUGAACCGUUGUUCUAAUUAACUCAUCAGUUUUCCACGCGCAAUGACAUAAAAAUAUGGGGGUUUUCUUACAACCACCAAUCGCAAAACAAUUUGGUGAUAUGGAGCAGAUUAAAUUUGUUUUCUUAAAGUUAACAAACAGGUUAUCUACAAUGCGUAUCCGAAGAUAGGAAAAAAUUGUCAGAAGAGGCAUUGUGCCUUAUUUCUGCAUUACAACCUCCGCCAGGAGAAUCCUUUAAUCAUCAAUACAUUGCCUGGAGAAGGGAGGUCUAAAGGAGUUAUUCUGUGCGGUCCCACCGUUAGAUCUAUCAUAAUCGAGGUUGAGAGCGAGAUUACAUCUAAUGGUAUCAUGGUUUCAUCACAUGUGACGCUGACCCCUUUAAGUACUAUCUAGAGGGAUAAAGGUAAGUAGUAAAGAUUUAGGGUAAGGUUUCAGCGUUAAUGUAGUUUUAGGGUUUGGGUUGGGAUUGGUGUUGGGACAGGGUUUAGCACAUGGGACGACAAUGGCUCCUAUUCCCGCGUCUUAUUGAUAAAACGGGUGAAGGGGGGGGGGUGAAUAUCAGUCCACUCUGGGCACCGAUAUCCUACCUAAACAGCCCCACGCGCUCGCCAGAAGAUAUUGAGUGCCGCGCAUUGUUGGUACGUGACAUCCUAUUACGUCUUGCGACGCACAAGUGCAUGUAACAAAGGCUUCUUACAGAUAAAACCUACUGUGAGGAUGAUAAAGGUGCUUGCACCGACCUCAUCAAAUGAUGGAUCUCGAUUGUUUUUAGGUAUCGACUGAAAUGGGCUGGCAACGAUUUUUGGAUGAAAUGACCAUCUUUACUGCACAAGCGGGCAGAGGCUCUAAUGUGAUUUUUGCAAAUGGCUUUUAUUCGAACUGUUUUCGAAUAAACCUAUAAAAGUUAAAUGGAUUUGAGAAAACACGGUGAUUAACCGAGUUUUCCUGGAUCUGUUUACAGUUUCUGGUCAACAGGAUUGGUGGGAAUCUGCAAAGCCUAAGAAAUGCUAUUACACUUAAUUUAGAAUUGACAACAUGUGUUUACUAUCUUCAGAAUCGAUGGGUUAGGAAAGAGUUGUGGGAUAAGUUGUAGGUGGGCUAACUCAUGAAAUGUCAAAAGAAAAUCCGAAAUGUCUUUUCUUUUUGAAAGGAUUAAUUAAGCAGGCUUGUAAAACUAGGUAGCCUCCAGCAAGUUAUAUAGCAAUUCAGUUACCUCAGUAUUCCGGCUGUCGAAGUGGCUUUUUUUCCAGCCGCAUACAAAGCCAUACUCUGAGCAAAAGGCCUACAUAAUUAGCAUCAAUUUGGCCCAUUGAAUUUCGAUGCUCUUAGACAUUCAAUUCUAUUUCAUGGAAAACACGCAAAUUCAUAUUCAUUCUUUAUGUGCGGUGGAGAGACAUGAGGGCGUUCAGAGUGCCUAAAUUAUAGCUCAGUUAUGUCUGAAGCCUUCGGGAGGGGAGAGGAGAGGGUGGGAUGGGUUAGUUGUUUGGAGUUUAUCUAUAUCGCCGUUUCGUCGCUAUAACGCGUUGUGGCAGUGGGUGUGAGCACAUCUGCCGGGUUCACCCCUAGCCCGUGGAGCGUUAGGGCCGUUUAUGCACUAUGUGCGAGUCCAAGGUUAGGCGGCUUACCGUAUGGCCCUUGCCUAUCUCAUAUGAAGUACUGGCUGACGCAGUAAUUUUGAGUGUCUCUCUGAGCAUUGGAAUCAGAAACAAACAGCUGUCUGGACAGGCGAAUGCCCAAAAAGAGGCGCCUGGUCCUACAUUAGUCAGGGCUUUCAUUCUUCAAGUCUAUGUAACCAAGCAGACGUCGACUGACACGCAAUAAGGUACAACUCAGGUUAGCGUAAGUAAGAGAUCCGGGUUGAUAAUCUGAGGAGAAUGAAUUGCUCACCGGAUCGAGGGACUUGCAUGGCUGACGUUUGGGUGAGUUGGUCGACAGGCGGUGUUUGCUCGGUAGUCUUAUGCUCCGUAUGACUGUCGUGUCUUUGUCACGGCUCGUGUGAUGACGCAAGCCUUUAAAGGCCGAAGGAAGGUCUAGAUGCCUGUUGAUGGAGUUGACAUCAGAGUACCAAGCCUCAAGUGUGAGACGCUCUGUCCUUGAGGUACCCUUGCCUAAGGCGGCUGCUCCUUGAAAAUCAAAACUGUCACCAGUUUCCCCGAUGUGAGCCGCAAGCUGUCAGUUUGGGUCUAGUCUCCGAGUUGCCAGUUUGUGAUCAUGUAGGCGGGUUUGCAAUUUCCGUCCGGCUUUCCCGAAGUAGGUUUCAGUGGGUGGUAGUAGGUCUUUUGUUUGCAUCAACCGGCGACGAAUGGUUGCCUGGCGUCGAUGUGCAAUGCCUAGCCUGACGGGUUGUGACAGUCGUGAAACCGCCUCGUGUACUCCGUUAACUAAGAAAUAGCUCUCCAGAAUUUGAGUUGUUCUUCUUGUGGCCGUCGUCUUUUGAUCGUAUUGCACAUAACGAUAUACCUAGAUGUUAAGUCGCCUCAAAUUCAUUCACCAUCUCCUCUAUCUCCAGAAAUGUUGCAGCGUCUGCAUUCUUCAGUGGUUGCACAUAACACGAAUUAUUCCAGAAUCAACCGAUAUGACUUAUUCCACCUUCUGUCACUUCCGUCUUUCAUUUCGCUCCAUGAUAGCUUAAUUGCUUAUGUUUUAUGGUCUGUUUACCCAUUCUGUUAAGCAGGUUCGAUAUAGUGCAUGAUUCUGCAAGUGAAUUCAAGUACGACAAACAUGUCCUGCGUUCACUUGAUUUAGACGUCCAAAGUUUAUAGGACUUAAUGCAGUUUCUUUGUAAAUAACUGAGACUUUCAUAGCAAGAGUUAAAUUAAUACAUAAAAUUAUUUUUUCAUAAAAUGGGUCUGCAGUCUAUGGCCUUGAGUAUGUAUCAUACAGACAACAAAACCUUAGCUUAGUGCAAAACAGAUAACCAUCUCGUGUUCAUCCACAUUAAUUCUACUGUCCAUUAUUAUUUAAGGUGUAUGCUAGGAAGACUGUGGCACAUUAGAUUAAAUUGGCAUAACAGCACGUUCGCAACGCUUCCGUUGCCAUCAGGCAACAGGUUUGCAGGUGGCUCUAUGCCUAGCAGUUUAUGCGAAGAUGUUGAAAACAUGUGAACAUAUUGAAAGACAUGCGCGUCGUUUGAGAUGGGUUGCAUUCACAAAUACUACAAUUGAAGAAUGCGUUCAAUAGCGAGGAGACAGUGCCUACUUUAGUCUAAAACAAACUGCGGAGGUACGAAUUUACUAUCUGCUAUGUUUAGUCUACAAUCACUAAUAGAGAAUACAAAGUUCAAGGUACUCUUGAAGGAGCGCGAUUGUUGGUGAAUGCGUUAUGCAGACUGCAUGCGCUAGGUGUCGUGCGCAAAACACACACCCGUCUCAUCAACAAAAAGCAUAUUUGCGAGGCUACUGAACCAUCUUAAGAGGCAAAAAAUGCAUGCAUCAGGAAAGUGUCUUCUACUCUUACCUGAUCUGCUAAAUAGGUUUUCAUGAAUAAUAGACGCCCGAGGGCGAUUGCUUGGUCAUCACGAGCGCUUAGGUGUAGACAUGUGAUGGGUAGAAUGCAACUGCAACUCGCGCUUGAAGUUCACGAUAGUAAAGCAGGCAUCUACUCGCGCGGCGAGAAUGCGACUGGAAUUGAGCCUGGGUGUAGUGGCUGAGACUUCUUUUUACACGACCAGAUGUACAGGUUUUGCAGUCAUAGUUUGGACUGUAACUUGUGCAGAGCAAUGCAGAUUGCGCGACUCUAGGCUGAUCUCUUCAGCACAACUGCAAUGCAGCUAGUGAGAAGCUCCGAUGCAAUUGUUAAAGUCUUUUUAUCACAGUAUUCGAAAUGUUUACACAUAUGCCCAAUAUCAAUAAGCCCAACAGCUUUUGUUCCUCUGCAAUCAGCAAAUUAUUAGCAACAUUAGGGAUGCCCUUAAUUAGAAAAUAUAAUUCGCAUAAAGUUCAGUCGGUUCAUAAAUCUGUCGUUCUCGUGUUUCCAUUCAGCUAUUAUUGGUAAACGCGAAACAUGCAUUUUCGUGCAAACAAUAUACCUUCCUGUAAAACAUGUCGAGGACUAAUUGCGCGGCGUAGACAGAUUUGGCUCUUAUCCACCUCUGUAAUAUCCCAAAUUGACAACGUGGUUAUAGUGUGAAUCAAGGCACUAACUGCUCUUCUAAAUCAGAGCUUGUUUUACUGAAUGCAAAGCGGGUUUCAUUUGUGCGCGAUUAUUGGCUGUUGGGGUGUAUAAAAGUAGAAGAGUAGAACUUCGUGCAAGCGUGGUCGCUUGCAAAUGUUUCGCAAACUAUUACUCCUGAUCAUUGUCCAGGGCGUGUUUGGUAAAGGUAAACAUAUUUUAAGCCAUGUAGCAUGGGCAUAUAACGACUUGCAAUUAUAUUUUAAAAUUUAUAUAUAUAUGAUGAUUAUGGUGUUUGUUUAUGUGGAACGGAAUUGCAAAUUCCUCAUUUAUGUCGGCUUACCAGUGAAUUUACUAUCUUAGUGAUAGAAAGCAAACUGGAAUUCAAACAGGACAGCGACUACGUCUACACAAAAAUGCUCUAUGGGGACGUUGAGGUAAUAAGCGUUAACUGGAUGAUUUCAUGAAACACUGUUAUGUCUGAAUUAACCGUCUUCCUUUGCAGUAUGUGACUGUGGAUGACGUGAAUAUUUCGAGGCCGGAAAAUGGUUCAAACUGUGUUGCACCCAAUGACUGCUGGCAAAUUGUUCAACGUAAGCUGUGGUUUCCGUGUUAUUCAACCAAGCAUGUCAUAAAUGCGUCCGCUCGCCCCAUUUUAAUAGACGAAACAGCAUGCCUGACAGACCGAAGGACGCAUUUAACAGAGUCAAACCUUCACUUAAACGGACCAGCAGUACUGACACGUAUGCCCCCCCGCCCUGAACAGCACACGGGCGAAGGAACAGCCUGCAAUACGGGUGGCUUUUGGCCAACGUCCAAUAAAUUUAGCGUUAGACUAAAUUAGUGAGUUGGGGUUGUGUUAGGGUGAAUGUUUAAGUGCAAAUGUAGAGUUAACAGAAAAGUAAGUCUUGAUAAGGACUAGAGCUAAGACAGUUGCCGGUCUUAAGUGUGGAUUUUGGGUUUAGGCUGGAGUUAGUGCUGUUUAGUUUAUCAUUAGAUUGAGGACAACGGAAUAUUUGGUCUUUUGCGAAAUAACGCGCAGUCCUGCAUUUAUUACUUCGCCAGGGUGCAUCUAUUCACACUUUCUGCUUACGUGGCUACAUAAGUCAAUCCCACCAAUAAGCUUCCUUAUUAUCCGGUUAUUAAAAAUCGUGGUUUUGUAACUUUUCGAAAAAAUUCGUGUCGGGAAAUUUGGAUUUGGCCGUCAGGUGAAUGUGAUUGAUUUGAAUAUGCUCUAAAACCUCGCUGGAAUUGCAAAGUAACGCAAAUUAAUCGGAAUAAUUGUGCUCGAGGAUCCUUUAUAUAUGAAAUAGCUAUGAGAGCCUGCUUAAAAUACGGACCAAGUUGCUCCUUUGAUCUACUUCCGAUGAUGACUUGCAGAGCCAUUUUUGAAACUAUGAAGAAGAGCGCUUUUAUCAAAGGCUUCAUGUGGAAACAGAGUAUAUAUCAUGGGAUGUAAUUUAUGAGCCCGGGUUCGACCAUUGGAGCUGUACUCAAAAGAGCUUGUGUUCGGAUUUCAAGUGUCUCCAAAUCUGGGAUUGGUCAAUGCUGACAGGCGAAGUCCACUAAGUCAGAAUUCAUGAGUAUUCACUCUCCGCGUAAAACUCUAAUCUCAGCGCGACAGUAGACACAGUAAUGUGAUCGGUGAACACCCAUUCAUCAUAAAUGUACAUGCAGACCUUCACAAAUUGCAAUCAUUUUUUUUCUUUGCAAGCCGAUAUAUACGUAAUUGCCAACGACUACCUGAAGGGAACGCAUGUUGCAUUCACGGUUGAGCCAAAGGAUUUCCCCAAAAGAAGCAGAGUUGUAAUUCAGUAUUAUAAAAAGGGCACGCAACCUAGUAAGUCAAGACAAUUAUUCUUCUUAAGCUGCCUGAUAAUACGCAAUUCACUUUCCUAUUUCCAGUGGCUAUGUAGUCCGUGCAUUCAUUUGAGUUCUAAAACUAUGCAGGCUGCCCAGUUGACGGAAAACCCGCUUCGACGAGCAGCGUGCAUAAUGCUAUUUCAGUUUAAAUCACAUACCAAGAAAUCAUAUUUCUUGUCUUUGGAUAAAAAGAAGUGUUCUUUCUGAGAUUUAAUGGGCUUUCUGACUUAUUGCUUACCUAAACUACAUGUUGUAUCUUCUCUUCUAGAUUUGGUGUCCAGUACUGAAUCAGUUUCCGUCUUUACAAAAGAAGUCCUCGAAAAAGAAAAAAUUGUUCACAUUCUGCUCUUUAGUGGGGGCAUUCGGGUAAAUAUUAUAAUAUUGAAAAAAUAUCAGCAUACAUGCAUUGCAAGAAGGAUGCUUUCGAUUGUCAUUAUUACUUAGACCUAAUGUUUUGAUGUGAAAUGUAUUGGCGGUUGCUUGCAUUUUUAGCAUAUCCCGCAUAAAGUUGUCAAAUGUGUUGAAUAAGACACGAGCGGUAAUUGCCAUUCUGCGUUUCAUUAUUUUAUCGCUCAUGAUAACAGCCUCAUAGUUCAGACAUCGGUCGAGAUUAAACAAUGAAAAGGGCAUCAGUUUACUUAAAUUCGACAUUAAUUUGUCGACGAGGCGGUAGCACAUGUGCCCCCACAUAAAUUAACAUGGACCAUACGUGCAAGCCGCGGCGUUCUCAAACAAGGACCCUCUGCAAAUUUCGCUUAGUGCUUAGCUGAUGUAAUCCACAUCUAGUCUACAUGCCUCCGUCUUUGCCAAAAACAUUGCAUAUAUGGAAAAGGCGCUUUUACAAAACCACUCUGUUGAUUACUUUUCAGAAUGUAAGCUUCUUGGAAAAUAUGUCGCCAGAGAAACAACAUUUCCGUAUGAUAUCUCCGUUUGGGAACACAGGUUGGUGUUAGUUUAUAUCAUUGUGCUAGUUUUUACAGGAUAUCUUAACCGUAUCUAUUUUCCGUUCAGCAGUGCGCACCAUUCCAGUUGUACUCUUUACUGGGCAUUUGGAGACGAAGCCUCGACUACUGAAAAUUAAGUUUACGACCGGCAGAGAGGACCAGAUUACAAUUACUCCCUCCAAUAAAGCCGAGGCGACGGUGCCAAUGCUGACGUUCAUCGACUAUGUCAACGCCUUCAGGUUGAAGUAG